CCCCAAACCCUCACCGCGGCAGUUCGAGAGGUGAGGGGAAUGGAUUGGACUCCGGUGGGGAAAGCGGGUGUCCAGAAGUGGUGCUAAUGGGAAGAGAUUUCUGGUUUCAAACGAGGAUGCUCUGCCACAAAGAGCGGCUCGCGCGCUGGCCUGGGCUCUAGCCGAGGAGAGAUCCCGGGAGAACUCCAGAGCUCGCGGGGAGCGCUCCUCGGCACACCGGGCUCAACAUGCCUGUCCGCAGGGGGCAUGUGGCACCGCAAAACACAUUUCUGGGGACCAUCAUACGGAAAUUUGAAGGGCAAAAUAAAAAAUUUAUUAUUGCUAAUGCUAGAGUGCAGAACUGUGCCAUCAUCUACUGCAACGAUGGGUUCUGUGAGAUGACUGGUUUCUCUCGGCCAGAUGUCAUGCAAAAGCCCUGCACCUGCGACUUUCUCCAUGGGCCCGAGACCAAGAGGCAUGAUAUUGCCCAAAUUGCCCAGGCAUUGCUGGGGUCAGAGGAGAGGAAAGUGGAGGUCACCUACUAUCACAAAAAUGGGUCUACUUUCAUUUGCAACACUCACAUAAUUCCAGUGAAAAACCAAGAGGGUGUGGCCAUGAUGUUCAUCAUUAAUUUUGAAUAUGUGACAGAUGAGGAAACUGCUGCUUCUCCAGAGAGGGUAAACCCAAUAUUACCAGUCAAAACUGUCAACCGGAAACUUUUUGGGUUCAAGUUCCCUGGUCUGAGAGUUCUCACUUACAGAAAGCAGUCCUUACCACAAGAAGACCCCGAUGUGGUUGUAAUUGAUUCGUCUAAACACAGUGAUGAUUCAGUAGCCAUGAAGCACUUUAAGUCUCCUACAAAAGAAAGCUGCAGCCCCUCUGAAGCAGAUGAUACAAAAGCCUUGAUACAGCCCAGCCAAUGUUCCCCCUUGGUGAAUAUAUCCGGACCUCUUGACCAUUCCUCUCCCAAAAGGCAGUGGGACCGGCUCUACCCUGACAUGCUGCAGUCCAGUUCCCAGCUGACUCAUUCCAGAUCAAAGGAAAGCAUUUGUAGUAUACGGAGGGCUUCUUCAGUCCAUGACAUAGAAGGAUUCACUGUCCACCCCAAGAACAUAUUUAGAGAUCGACAUGCCAGUGAAGACAAUGGUCGCAAUAUCAAAGGGCCUUUUAAUCAUAUCAAGUCGAGUCUGCUGGGAUCCACAUCGGAUUCAAACCUCAACAAAUACAGCACCAUUAACAAGAUUCCACAGCUCACUCUGAAUUUUUCAGAUGUCAAAACUGAAAAAAAGAAUACAUCCCCUCCUUCUUCAGAUAAAACCAUUAUUGCACCCAAGGUUAAAGAUCGAACACACAAUGUGACAGAGAAAGUUACCCAGGUUCUCUCUUUAGGAGCAGACGUCCUGCCAGAAUAUAAACUGCAGACGCCACGCAUCAACAAGUUCACAAUAUUGCACUACAGCCCGUUCAAGGCCGUCUGGGACUGGCUCAUCCUACUGCUGGUCAUAUACACUGCUAUCUUCACCCCCUACUCUGCAGCCUUUCUCCUCAACGACAGAGAGGAACAGAAAAGACGGGAAUGUGGCUAUUCUUGUAGCCCUUUGAAUGUGGUAGACUUGAUUGUGGAUAUCAUGUUUAUCAUAGAUAUUCUAAUAAACUUCAGAACAACAUACGUAAAUCAGAAUGAGGAGGUGGUAAGUGAUCCCGCCAAGAUAGCAAUACACUACUUCAAAGGCUGGUUCUUGAUUGACAUGGUGGCCGCGAUUCCUUUCGACUUGCUGAUUUUUGGAUCUGGCUCUGAUGAGACGACAACACUAAUUGGCCUCUUGAAGACAGCACGACUCCUCCGCCUCGUGCGAGUGGCUCGGAAACUUGACCGGUAUUCAGAGUAUGGAGCUGCUGUUCUAAUGCUCCUAAUGUGCAUAUUUGCCCUGAUUGCUCACUGGCUGGCUUGCAUCUGGUAUGCGAUCGGGAAUGUGGAAAGGCCCUACCUGACUGACAAAAUCGGAUGGUUGGAUUCCUUAGGACAACAAAUUGGAAAACGUUACAAUGACAGUGACUCAAGUUCUGGGCCGUCCAUUAAAGACAAAUACGUCACAGCACUUUAUUUUACCUUCAGCAGUUUAACCAGUGUAGGAUUCGGGAAUGUGUCACCUAACACCAAUUCGGAAAAAAUCUUUUCAAUUUGUGUCAUGUUGAUUGGCUCACUAAUGUAUGCAAGCAUUUUUGGGAAUGUAUCUGCAAUUAUCCAAAGACUGUACUCGGGGACUGCCAGGUACCACAUGCAGAUGCUGCGAGUUAAAGAGUUCAUUCGCUUUCACCAAAUUCCCAAUCCUCUGAGGCAACGGCUCGAAGAGUAUUUCCAACAUGCGUGGACUUACACCAAUGGCAUUGACAUGAAUAUGGUCCUCAAGGGUUUCCCAGAAUGUUUACAAGCUGAUAUUUGUCUACAUCUCAACCAGACUUUGCUACAAAACUGCAAAGCCUUUCGGGGGGCAAGUAAAGGUUGCCUUCGAGCUUUGGCAAUGAAGUUCAAGACCACCCAUGCACCUCCAGGAGACACUCUGGUUCACUGUGGGGAUGUCCUCACUGCACUUUAUUUCUUAUCCAGAGGCUCCAUUGAAAUCCUCAAAGAUGACAUUGUAGUAGCUAUUCUGGGAAAAAAUGAUAUAUUUGGAGAAAUGGUUCAUCUCUAUGCCAAACCUGGAAAGUCUAAUGCAGAUGUAAGAGCCCUCACAUACUGUGAUUUGCAUAAGAUCCAGAGAGAAGACUUGCUAGAGGUUUUGGAUAUGUAUCCCGAAUUUUCUGAUCACUUUCUCACAAACCUAGAGUUGACAUUCAACCUAAGGCAUGAGAGUGCAAAGGCUGAUCUCUUACUACGAUCACAGUCUAUGAAUGACUCUGAAGGAGACAACUGUAAACUACGAAGAAGGAAAUUGUCAUUUGAUAGUGAAGGAGAGACAGAAAACAGCACAAAUGAUGCUGAAGACUCUGGAGAUACCAUAACAAAUUAUCAGAGCGCCAAGAAACAAAUCGAAGAGAAAAAAAGCAGAUCUUCAUCUUUCAUCUCCUCUGUUGAUGAUGAACAAAAGCCUCUUUUCUCAGGAACAGUAGAUUCCCCUUCAGGAAUAGGGAAAGCAACUGGACUUGAUUUUAAGGAAGUAGUGCCCAGGUCAGGAAGAAUUCACAUAGAUAAAAGAAGUCACUCUUUCAAAGAUGUCUCUGACACAAGAAGCUGGGGACAAGAAAAUGCCCAGACUCAGGCAGAUGAGUCGAGUCCCUCAGCACUUCAGCAAACUGCCUGGGGGAUCUCUGAAACAGACAGUGACCUCACCUAUGGGGAAGUGGAGCAAAGAUUGGAUUUGCUUCAGGAACAGCUUAACAGACUUGAAUCCCAAGUGACUGCUGACAUCCAGACCAUCUUGCAGUUGCUGCAGAAACAAAGCACCGUGGUCCCCCCGGCCUACAGUAUGGUGACUGCAGGAGCGGAGUACCAGAGACCCACCAUCCACCUGAUGAGAACCAGUCAUCCGGGAGCAUCCAUCAAGACUGAUCGAAGUUUCAGUCCUUCCUCACAAUGCCCUGAAUUCCUAGACCUUGAAAAAUCUAAACUGAAAUCCAAAGAAGCACUCUCAAGUGGCGUUCAUCUGAACCCGGCUUCGGAAGACAACUUGACUUCGUGUUUAAAACAAGACAGGGAGCUUUCUUUAGAGCUUCACUCAAGGCAAAGAAAAACUUACCUUCAUCCAACUAGGCAUCCUUCUUUGACAGAGUCAUCCCCAGGCACUGUAGGAAUCUUGGGUCUUCACAGGCAUGUUUCCGAUCCUGGUCUUCCAGGGAAAUAAUCAUUUUGUACUAUUUAUUCCACAUACAAUGUAAGUGCUUUUAAUGGCUGUUUUCCCUUUUGUAUUUAAAUCCUCUCUACUUGACUCAGGGGCUCAAAGGUACCAUUAUAUGCAAAAGUACUGUAUAUUUUCCUAAAUUGAAGCUUGUAAGGUAAAAUUGAGCAGUUAGGAUGUAAAUAUACACAUGAACUCUUGUUCCAAAUGUUAAAACUGCCAGCAUCUCAAGGCACCUUAUUUUUUAUUUUUAUUUUUUAAAUCAUGUGCAUGUUAGGAAACUCCAGUUUCUCUUGCAUGGAGACUCCUAUGUACCGCUUUUACUAAAUCAGUACUUUGUUAUGAAAAUGCCUUCAAUUAGAAACCAAGGGAUACAGUUGUUCAUGGAUGCAACUCAGAUGCUCCUCAACUCA